ACAAGCAUUCUGUUGCCACGGCGAUUUGUGACGAUCUUCACGAAGUUGAAAUGUCUUCAUCAACUUCCUUCCAAGAAAUUUCUCAAAUGUGAUAUUUCUGCCUUCGUCUAAGGCUCAAACGAGUUGUAUUUAUGACUGUAAGGUGUCCUGCAGAUUCUGAUGUGAUUACAUUAAUUUCACUCCCAUCAUGUCAAGAGGUGGAAAAAUUUCUGGGUACUCCCAGAAAGCUGGCUCUCAAAGACCAAGAGGAAUCAUUGCUGACAGACCAGUUAGAUACCGUUGUGGAUUCACCAACACCAUCUAUGACGUAAUAAAAGCUCGUGGUUGGCAAGAUGUUGGCGGCGACAGUAAUGAUUGGGAUUUUUAUUGGUGUGAUGUCAUGUGGAUGAAGGAGUACUUUGACAACUGCUAUCUUCAAGAACACGUGAGAAUCUGUCACUUUAGAAAUCAUUAUGAGUUAACAAGGAAAAACUUGAUGGUGAAAAAUCUGAAAAGGAUGCGGAAACAAGUGGAAAAGGAACAAGGAAAGUUAGAGGCUCAGAAAUUUGAUUUUUAUCCGACAACUUUCGAGUUGCCAUCCGAAUAUCAUAUUUUUGUUGAGGAAUUCAAGAAAAAUCCGGGCACUGUUUGGAUUAUGAAGCCGGUGGCAAAAUCUCAGGGGAAGGGUAUCUUCUUGUUUCGGAGGCUGAAGGAUAUCACUGACUGGAAAAAGGGCGAAUAUCAGCAUCAGCUGAACGAUACUGUACCUAAAGAUGCUCCGGAGACGUACGUUGUAUCUCGUUACAUCGAAAAUCCAUUGGUGAUUGGAGGGAGGAAAUUUGACAUCAGGAUUUAUGUUUUGGUGAUGAGUUAUGUUCCCCUCAAGGUUUGGUUGUAUCGUGGAGGGUUUGCCAGAUUCUCGCUGACUAGGUAUUCUCUCAGCUCAAUAGAUGACGCUUAUGUUCAUUUAACGAAUGUCGCCAUUCAGAAAACGGCGCCGGAUUACGAUCCGGAGAAAGGUUGUAAGUGGUCGACACAACAGCUCAGGGAAUUCUUGAUUGCACAGCAUGGCCUUGAAAAAGUUGAAGAAUGCUUUUCAGAAAUGGAUAACAUUUUCAUCAAAAGUCUUCUAAGUGUUCAAAAGGUUAUGAUCAAUGACAAGCAUUGUUUUGAGUUGUACGGUUACGACAUUCUCCUCGAUAAAAACCUGAAGCCUUGGUUGAUUGAGGUGAACGCCUCCCCAUCUCUGACAGCCAGCGGUCCUGAUGACUACGAUCUCAAGUGUGGCCUACUAGAGGACAUGAUCAAUAUUGUAGACAUGGAGGGGAGACUCAGUGGGAAAGAGAAAAGAGUUGGGGGCUUCGACUUGAUAUGGGAUGAUGGACAAGUUUUGGCCGAUGAUCUGGGUACAGAUAAUACUAUCCCAGGCUAUGCAAACUCAUUUCUGGGUUGUUUGAAUGACCGUAAAAAUCAUCUGAAACAACUGUACAAGAAACUGAGUCAUACAAAGAAAGCUAGUUUAGCUACCUGAAAAAUAAUGGUGGAUAAGCUGGGGUACCAUUUAUCAUCUUGAACUUGUACUAUAGAUGUCCAGCUUUCUAUACCAUCAUCCCCACCUCAAUGUGUAAGUGAAUAUGCAAUAGAUUCUUGAAAAUCUUGAAUUUAAAAUUUGUCCAGGGUCUGGAGACGUUCAUAUUGGAUGAGCACUUUUCAGUCAGUAACCCAGCCUCCUCUGCAAGUGUUGACAUUGGGCCACAUAUUCAAACCAUGCCUUCGGGCCUGCAUCCAGUGAGGACCACCCCAGCUUAACUGUCAUAACAAAAAUCUGAAAAGUUAUGAUUGAUUCGAAAGUUCAUAAAGAAUUAAAUGAUAAAUUUCCCCCCCCCCCCGAGUAUAUCGUUUCACAAAAUGAAAUGCAAUUUGUCAAAUCAUGAUUGUUAAUUUCCGAUUACUAAAUCUUAGUGCAAUCAAAAGGCAGCGUGUUGAACUCUCCUGAUCUGUCUACCUCAAAGUUGUAAUGUGCUUCGCUCUGGUAACAUCCUGAAGAAAUCAGGGGUUAAUGUUCGCUUCUCCGGCCCUGCACUGUGAACAGUAACCCCUGAUUUCCUCAAGAUGCUCUGAUAACAGUGUGGUAAACAACACACAUUCGAUAAUUAUCGGAAGCAAUUUGACGACUUUUCAAAUCAUAUUCAAUUCAUAUUCAUACGUGUAAUCAUAGUUCACAAAAAUUGAAAAUGUAUACAGCAGAACCUCCCUUAGCGGACACCUCUAGACUCUAUUAAGGACAACCUCUCUAUUAAGGACACUAGUUUUGGUCCCAAAUUGUUUUUUCCAUUUAAUUUGACCUCUCUUAUCAGGACACCUCUCUAUCAAGGACAGCACUUGUCAGUCCCAUGGGUGUAUUUAAUAGAGAGGUUCUACUGUAUU